AAACAAUCUAAUCAAUUUUCUUCUGCCGAAUGUACAUUUAAUAUACAUUUACGAACGUUAUGAAAUAUAAUUUUGAUCAAUGGACAACAGUGGAUAAGACUCUUUGUUUAAAGUAUACAUGAUGUAUUUUCCAACAAAUUGGAAGACAUUUUUGUUUCUACUUUUAUGGAGGUUAAUUUCUGUUUUCAUUGUACAAACUGCUCAUGUGCCAGAUGAAUAUUGGCAAUCUUUGGAAGUCGCCCAUCAUCUUGCCUUUGGAUAUGGAUUUCUCACAUGGGAAUGGACUGCAAAAAUCCGUAGUUAUGUUUAUCCAUUUUUGAUAAGUUUUUUAUAUAGGCUAUUAGCUAUUUUUUCUUUAGACUCGGUUAUAAACCUAAUAAUAGUACCAAGACUAUUCCAAGCUACGAUCAGUGCUUAUGCAGAUUACAGAUUUUACAAAUGGACCAAAAACAAAUGGAUGUUAUAUAGUUUAUGUAUUAAUUGGUAUUGGUAUUAUUGUGCAACACGUACACUUAUUAACUCGUUAGAAACUUCUUUUACUAUUAUAGCUUUAUCCAUGUUUCCAUGGCGUAACAGUAAUAUAAAAAGUGCUAAAUUUCUAUGGAUAGUUGGUUUUCUUUGUACAUUAAGACCAACUGCUGCUAUCGUAUGGAUACCCUUAUGUAUAUAUCAUUUUUGUACUAGUUUACAGAAAAAAGUAUUAUUAAUUUGUCAGUAUGGAAUAGUUGGUACUAUAUGUCUCUUAAGUUCUGUGAUAUUAGAUAGUUAUUGUUAUAAAAGUUUUACAAUAUCUUCGUUAGAGUUUUUCCGUUUAAAUGUACUACACGCGAUAGGUGAUACAUAUGGAAGAAAACAUACAUUGUGGUAUAUAUUUUCUGCCUUACCUGUCCUUCUUGGACUUCAUUGCAUUACAUUCUUAGCAACGCUAUCGCAAAUAAUUAAACGUUCUAAACAAUUUCAUAGAGAGGCAGUUAUGCUAGCAGUAAUUGGAUGGACGAUUGGCAUUUAUUCAUUAUUGUCUCACAAAGAAUUUCGCUUUCUAUUACCACUUUUGCCAAUGUUUAUAUACAUAAGUACAAGUUGUACCAUUCAUGUUAAAAUUAUUUCUAGAGCAUUAUUGAGAAAAAUCUUUUUAUCUCUCUUAUUAAUAACCAAUGUAAUUCCAGGACUUUACUUUUCUCUGAUUCAUCAACGUGGAACAUUAGAUAUAAUGAAUAUCCUACAAACUGAUUUGGCUAAUGAAAAUUCUACGUCUGUAAAUAUAUUAUUUCUAACACCUUGUCAUGCAACACCUUUAUACAGUCACUUGCACGUCAAUGUGACCACUAGAUUUUUAACUUGUGAGCCUAAUUUUAAAAAUUCUAAAGAUUAUAUAGAUGAGGCAGAUCAAUUCUUUGAAAAUCCAAUGGUUUGGAUUAGAAAUAACUAUUUACAAAAUGAAAACUUAAUACCUAGUCAUGUAAUAGUGUUUGAUAAGAUUCCAUCAAAGAUAAAAGACUUUCUUGAAAAUUAUAGAUUAUUAAGCAAAGUCUUUCACACACAUUUUCCACAAUCAAAUUAUGGAAAAUAUGUAAUGUUAUACAAACGUAUAGAUUAAAUCAGAUUUAUUAAAAAAAUAAAUUAAAAUUACUAUUAUCUGAUCUAUUAUAGUUAACCAUGUGUUUUUAAAAACAGUUGUUUACAUAACUAAACACAUAAAAUUUAUAAGGCUGUACUUUCAAAAUUAUAAAAUAUAAUCUCAUUUUAGAAAUGAUAUAAUACUUCAUUUCUAAGCAAUGUGGAAUAAAGUUUUCACUUCUUUCUAGUGUUGUAACUUACAAUUUAACUACAGAAUAAAUCCGAUAAUAGUAACGAAUAUAACUUUCAAAUAAUUAUCAUGAGAGAAUGUAAUAGAAGUUUCGUUUUAUUUUGAUCAUACCACGAUGUACAUUAUAUAUGUGUAUAUAUAUAAUAUAUAUAUGCAUAUAUAUAUAUAUAUAUAUAUGCAAACU